ACAUCAUUCAAUUCAUUCACAUUCACAUAAUAAACAUUUAUUUAUGAUGAACAAACCCUAACACCUCAAACACACACACAAAACACACACCUCCGAUCAUCAUAUUCCUUACUUUUUGACGCAAGAUCGAGCUUCAAGUCCUCUCGAAAGAUCCCAGAUCACGACAGGUGUUUACUGAAAUUAGGGUUUUUGAUUGGAUAUUUUUGGGGGUUUUGUGAGGAGGAUAGUAAAGAUGCAAUCGAGGUCGUAUACGAAUCUGUUAGAGUUGGCUUCAGGGAAUUUCCCUGUAAUGGGUAGAGAACGGGAGAGGCGGAAGAUGAUGCCGCGGGUUAUGACGGUUCCCGGGAGUAUUACGGAGCUUGAUGAUGAUCAAGCUAGCAGUGUUGCAUCGGAUAAUCCGUCUUCUCUAGCUAUGGAUAGGAUGAUCAUUGUGGCGAAUCAGUUGCCGUUGAAAUCCAAAAGAAGGGUUGAUAAUAAAGGUUGGAGUUUUAGCUGGGAUGAGGAGUCGUUGCUUUUGCGGAUAAAAGAUGGUUUACCGGACGAAAUGGAGGUUUUAUAUGUUGGAUCGUUGAAUGUUGAUGUUGAUCCGAUUGAACAAGAUGAUGUUGCGCAAGUUUUGUUGGAUAGAUUUGGAUGUGUCCCGACUUUUCUUCCGCCGAAUCUGAUUGAAAAGUUUUAUGACGGUUUUUGUAAAAAGCAGUUGUGGCCUCUUUUUCAUUAUAUGUUACCGUUUUCUGUUGAUCAUGGGGGGAGAUUCGAUCGGUCCAUGUGGGAAGCUUAUGUUGCGGCAAAUAAGUUAUUUUCUCAAAAGGUCAUCGAAGUAAUCAACCCUGAAGAUGACUUCGUUUGGAUUCAUGACUAUCAUUUGAUGGUCUUGCCUACCUUUCUAAGAAGGCGUUUUAAUCGUUUGAGAAUGGGCUUUUUUCUUCAUAGCCCCUUUCCCUCUUCUGAGAUCUACAGGACACUUCCCGUUAGAGAAGAAAUCCUCAAAGCUUUACUCAAUUCCGACCUAAUAGGUUUUCACACUUUUGACUAUGCACGACAUUUCCUUUCGUGUUGCAGCCGUAUGUUUGGGUUGGAGUAUCAAUCAAAGAGGGGGUACAUCGGGUUAGAUUAUUAUGGAAGAACCGUUGGAAUCAAGAUAAUGCCUGUCGGAAUCCAUAUGGGUCAAAUCGAGUCGGUGAUGAAACUUGCUGACAAAGAGUGGAGAGUUGCGGAACUCAAACAACAAUUCGAAGGGAAAACUGUGUUUCUCGGAGUUGAUGACAUGGAUGUUUUUAAAGCCAUUAAUUUAAAGCUUUUAGCAAUGGAACAAUUGUUGAAAACACAUCCAUCGUGGCAGGGGAGAGCGGUUCUUGUGCAAAUUGCAAAUCCCGCUAGGGGUAAAGGCGGGAUAUAUUUGGACGAAAUACAGGCUGAGAUAGAAGAAAGCUGUAAACGUAUCAAUGACCAAUUCGGUAAGCCCGGGUAUCAGCCUAUCGUUUACAUCGACAGCCCUCUCGGUAUCAAUGAACGUGUCGCUUAUUACAGUAUAGCCGAGUGUGUCGUCGUGACCGCCGUUCGAGAUGGGUUGAAUCUAACUCCUUAUGAAUAUAUCGUUUGUCGAGAGGGGAUUUCCGGUUCGGAAACAGGUUCGGAUUCAAACGAGCCGAAAAAGAGCAUGUUGGUUGUAUCGGAGUUUAUCGGGUGUUCACCUUCUUUGAGUGGUGCAAUUCGUGUGAACCCAUGGAACGUUGAAGCGACAGCCGAGGCCAUGAACGAGGCUAUAUCUAUGAGUGAAGCCGAAAAACAGUUGAGGCAUGAGAAGCAUUACCGUUACGUUAGCACACAUAACGUCGGUUAUUGGUCGAAAAGUUUCUUGCAAGAUAUGGAGAGAACUUGUGCAGAUCAUUUCCGAAAAAGAUGUUGGGGGAUCGGUUUGGGAUUCGGGUUCCGGGUCGUGUCGUUAGACCCUAAUUUUCGGAAGCUUUCGAUUGAUGAUAUCGUUUCGGCUUAUAUUAAGGCUAAAAACCGGGCGAUAUUGUUGGAUUAUGAUGGGACAGUGAUGCCGCAAAAUUCGAUUAUUAAGACACCGAGUAGAGAAGUUAUCUCAAUUCUCAAUACGCUUUCGGGAGAUGCAAACAAUAAAGUAUUUAUCGUUAGUGGAAGAGGCAGAGAAAGCUUAAGCAAGGCGUUUUCUCCUUGCAAGAAGCUCGGAAUUGCAGCCGAACAUGGCUACUUCAUGAGGUGGCCGGGAGAUGUGGAAUGGCAAACAUGUGGUCAUAGUAAUGAUUUUGGAUGGAUGCAAAUGGCUGAGCCCGUGAUGAAACUGUACACAGAGGCGACUGACGGUUCGUCUAUUGAAACUAAGGAAAGUGCGUUGGUUUGGCAGUAUCGGGAUGCGGAUCCAGGCUUUGGAUUUGCUCAGGCGAAGGAGAUGUUGGAUCAUCUUGAGAGUGUAUUGGCAAAUGAACCUGUCGCUGUCAAGAGUGGUCAAUAUAUUGUUGAAGUCAAGCCUCAGGAAGCCAGCAAAGGUCUUGUAGCAGAGAAGAUCUUCACAUCAAUGGCUGAAAGCGGGAAGCAGGCCGAUUUUGUUCUUUGCAUCGGCGAUGACAGAUCUGACGAGGAUAUGUUUGAAAUUAUCGGCAAUGCAAUCUCAAGAAACAUGCUGUCUGUCAAUACUAACGUCUUUGCCUGCACCGUUGGACAGAAGCCCAGCAAAGCGAAAUAUUACCUGGAUGACACGAGCGAGGUUAUAUUAAUGCUUGAAAACCUUGCGGAAGCUACAGACUCCCCUGUGACAUCCGAAGAUGAAAGCGAAUGAGUCCUGUUUCUCUUUGAUUUUUAAAAGAAGGUUGCUAAAUGCACGUUGUUCUUACUUAGGCAGACAUUGACUUGUUGAUGGGAUGGUCAUAGGUUUGAGUCGACUGAGGUGCGUUGGUGUUUGAUCUGUCUGCUUUUGUUUGGACAUAAGCUGUAAAUUCAUUUGUUUGAGGAAGGUGGGUUAGUUUUGUAGAAUGUUGUUUUCUUGGAUUCGUGUUUUGUUUUCUAAAAUCCAACUGUAAACUAGAAUGAAUGUUUUGAAAAUCUACUUUCAUUUAAUAAUC